AUGGAAAACACAUAUAUGGACAAAAUUCGCGGGGUUGAAGAGAUCAUUGGCUAUCAAUUUAGCGAUCCUUGGACGAUAUGGGAAGCGCUUCAAGCCGCCGGGUCGCCGGUCCAGACUAUAGGCAAUCGAAGACUCGUUGGUGGGAACAGACGUCUCGCGGUGCUAGGCGACCGGGUGCUUGACCUUGCGAUCGCAGAAGCGUGGCACGAGGGGAUGGAAGCUCGGGUUCGAUUUGACCAGAUCCGACAGGCAGUUGGGGGUAACCUCAACUUGGAUAGAAUUGGCCGUGUGACUGGUCUGGUGGCAUUCGUCAAUCAAAACCCUUCGACGCUGGGCGUCGUGUCUCCGGUCACAAUGUCUGCCACUGUUGAGGCUGUUCUAGGAGCGGUGUAUUUGGACAGCGACAUGAAUACUGUCAAACGUGUGAUGAACACGUUGGGAUUGGUGCCAACUUGA